UUUCUCCCAUCGCGUUUGGAAGGACAUGAUGGCGGCUUCCAUGCGACUCGGACGGCAAGGCGUUUUCAUCGCCCUUAGAUUAAUGAAACAAAAUAAAUUGAUUACACAGAAUAAAUUAAUAACGCAGAAUAAAUGUCAGUGGACCUCGAGCUGGAAUGGAAGUGGGUUGAGACACUUAUUUCAGUCGCCGUCAGUAUAUGGUGUGGUUCCUCAGAAUGUUCUGAUGCCAGCACUGUCACCCACAAUGGAGGAGGGAAACAUCAUUAAAUGGCUCAAGAAAGAAGGUGAUGAUGUUGCCGCUGGUGAUGCUCUCUGUGAGAUAGAGACAGAUAAAGCAGUGGUCGUCUUGGAGUCCAAUGAUGAUGGCAUCCUCGCCAAAAUACUUAUGCAGGAGGGCAGCCGUGGGGUGCGUUUGGGAACCCUCAUCGCCCUGAUGGUUGGUGAAAGCGAAGACUGGAAGAAGGUGGAGAUCCCAGCCUUCGAGCCAGCCCCAGCCAUUGCAGGCCCACCCACUGCUGCUGACCCUGCCCCUCCUGUUGCCCCAAUGCCUCCACAUGCAGCUGCGGCUCUCAAACCGUUACGGUUGAGUCCUGCUGCGAGACACAUUUUGGACUCGCAUGGUUUGGAUCCUCAUCUGGCAAAAGCCACUGGCCCAAGAGGACUCGUAACUAAAGAAGAUGCUCUGAAUCUGUUGAAUCAGGCUGAUAAAGGUCGAUCAGCACCUCCUGCUGCAGUCACAGCUGCUCCACCUUCACCUGCUGCCCCGACCACUGGCCGCCCCACUUACCCACCCAUUUCUGUACCAGGGAAACCUGGAGCUCCGGGCACGUUCAUAGAGAUCCCGGCCUCUAACGUGAGGAGAGUGAUUGCUCAAAGACUGACACAGUCUAAGAGCACAAUCCCUCAUGCGUACGCUUCAGUAGACUGUGACCUCGCAACUGUCAUGAAGAUACGCAAAGAACUGGCCAAAGAGAACAUCAAGGUUUCAGUCAAUGAUUUCAUCAUCAAAGCUGCCGCUGUCACACUCAGGGAAAUGCCAGAGGUGAACGUGAUAUGGUCUGCCAAGGGUCCACAGGCUCUUGACUCUAUCCACAUCUCUAUCGCCGUGGCAACAGAGCGCGGCCUCAUCACUCCCAUCAUCAAAGAUGCUGCUAACAAAGGCCUGCAGGAGAUCGCUGCCACCGCAAAGGCUCUAGCGCAGAAAGCACGAGAUGGCAAACUGUUACCAGAAGAAUAUCAGGGAGGUUCAUUCAGUAUCUCUAACCUGGGGAUGUUUGGAAUCCGUGGAUUCAGUGCAGUGAUAAAUCCUCCUCAAGCGUGCAUCUUAGCGGUGGGGAGCACCAGGGCAGAACUGAGGUUGGCACCCCAGAACCUGGAUGGCUCGGACCCUGUUCUUUGCACUCAACAGCUAAUGACUGUGACCUUGUCUAGUGAUGGACGUCUAGUGGAUGACGAACUUGCUUCACGCUUUCUGGAAAAAUUUCGCUCAAACCUGGAGCAGCCUCAGCGUAUGAGUCUUGCAUAAAUAGGAAUACAGCAGCAGAAAGAAUGUUGGGAUUGAAUACGCAAUGGUAUUGUGGGGAUUCUCUUCUAGAUCACCCGAGUAAAAUGUUGCUAUUUAUUCAUUUUGAUGUACAUAAAUAUCUAUAGGUAUUCCAGUACAGAGAAUCUUUAUCAGUUCCAAACCCUAGGUCAGUGAAUAACCUUGUUUGUAGUUCCAUUAAAAGAAUGGAAAGUUAUCAUUAUUUGUACAUGUUUCUUCAAAAUUGGGGCAAUAUUGUUUGGUGAAUGGAAUCCUCUGGUAAACAGCUUCACUGUUUAAGCACUUUUAAAAUAAAAAUAUCUAUCAUCUAUUACAAGUAUAAGCAGAUAUAUCCACAGCCAUCAGAUUACCUGCUGUUUGCUUUUCCAAAUAAUCCAAUACAUGAAUGUUUUCUGCUGUACUGAUGAUUUUCCCCUUCACCUAACGGAUUUAUGAGAAGUGUUUGUUCGUAAGUAAAUAUUGUAUCAUAAUAUAGCUGCAAGCGGGCCAAGCCCAAAUAGGGCAAAAAGUGUCCUACACUAAGUCCACAAUGACUUUUGAAUUGUCCCAAGCAGGGCUCCAUUCAUUAGUCUAGAAAAUUUCAAUUACCAUAGGGCCGUUAUCAGAGAAAGCAAAAAUGUUUUUUUAGACUAAACGGUUAUUUAUUUAAACGAAAGUUAUUUGCAACAGUAAAGUGGAUUUUUGAACUGGUGGUGGCGCUAUGGAUUUUGGCUUAGACACCUCAAACCUGAUCUGGGGGCCAUUCAUAACAACUAUCAGUGUGCCAAAUAUGAUCAUUUUCCUAUGUACGCUCCAGAUUGUUUGCCUUAAACUCCCAUUGGGGAGAAAAAGGAGGAAGAAGAAUAAGAAUACCUGCAAGCCGAAAAGAUCAGGGAUAACCCCUGCAACUAUUCAGUAAGCACAACACAAUGACCUUCCGGACAAUAGCAAUUCAACUAUAACACUGGUCUAGGUGGGGAUCGAACCCAAGACUUUUGUAACUAAAGCCCAGAACUCACAGCUGACACAGGUCAAACAUGGUAUAGAGUCAGCAUACAAGUAUAGGUUAUCUUUUGAACUAUAGGUGGCGCUGUCUCAAAACUAUUCAAGUAUCCCCAGGACAUGAUGUUGAUUUUCUUUUAAAUCUGACAAUGCACUCUCAUAAGAUAUAUAUAUUUGUAAUAAAAUUCAAUAUGGCGUAGAGGCAUUAUGGCCCAUGGAAUCCAUAGACUCCAUAGAAUAAGAGAAUUAACAGAUACAGAUGAAAGAUAGACAGAAUUGAUUUUAAAAAUGAACAUUAACCAAGAUGAGUUAAUGCUGUAAAAGAGUUGUUCAUUGUUAGUUCCUGUCAACUAAUGUUAACACUUUAAUUCAUUAAUACUUGGACACGUCUAAUUUUCUGACUGCUCCAUGUCAUAAAGUACUCUUUAUUGUUAGUGAUAGGCAUGCACACAUUAUGUGUUAUUACCAAAUAAGUUAUAUUUCUGUUAAAUGAUUAAUUUACUUUUCUAUUUAAUAUACUGUACUUUACAUGUAGCUAUCCAGCUAAUCACAUGAGGCUAGGUUUUUCUUUUUUAAAUAUGUCAUCACAAGCACGUCAUUGGAAAGUGUAAGACAUUUCCUUGAACACUUCCUGCAUCUUUCUAGUCAGUUUUUUUGCAAUUAACAUUUUUAUUGAUUCAAAUAGCUGACAAAGAAAAAAAAAUAUAUGCAAUGAAUCAACAUUUAACACCCUCUACUACCCCUCCCCAAUCACCAACCCCACCCCGACCCCCAUUGAACGUCCUCGUUCACACACAAGUACACACACACACACACACAAAAUCAAAUAAUAAUAAACUAAAAAUAUAUAUAUAAUAUUCAUACACAUCUAAAAUGAUGCCUCUCUCUCCACAGCCCCUCCCUUCCUUAGAGUCCCCCAAAAACCCCAAUAAUUGCCCUAUUUCCCAUCAAAUGAACCCCAGUCCCCCAGCCUUCUAUAUGACACCUCCUCGAAAGCAGCCACCCUCCCAUCUCCACGCACCACUCUGGAAAUGAUGGUGCUCCAGCUGACUUAAAACUAUCUGUCUGCCUGCCUGUCAUAACACUGGUCAGAAUCCUGUUUUGAAAACCUAUUUUGAUGACCGCCUCAUCGCCUAAAAUAUGGAGUCUGGGGCUAAACGAAACCCGAGUGCCCAACACGUCACUCACAAAACUCUGAACCUUCAACCAAAAUUCGUGGCUUUUACCACACCACCAAUAAACAUGGUUUGUGUCUCCAUCUUCUGAUUGGCAUCGCCACCAGGUGGGUGUGCAUUUAAAACCAAGCCUAUACAAUCUAGAGGGGGUUCUCAAAUCCUAUAAACUUGAAUAUCCUUACAUUUCAAUCGUUAUCCUUAGAGUUUAAACAUUGCCUUACUUGAACAUUUAUUUAACAAUUAUCAUAAUGAACCUUGAUAAGCUGUAUGUAUACAAUAUAUAAUGCCAUUAAUUGACCUAAUGGCAUUGUCCCGAAGGAUAUCCACUGUUUUCUGUGACAGCACAUGUAUUGCAGCUGAAUGUGUACAAAGUACUGAUGACUGAAACACUUUGCUGUGGUUCAUUGAAACAGGAUGCUGGUCAGCUUGCACCUUCACAUGCUGUUCCGUUUGUCAUUUAUUUUAAAGAGGGUGUGACAUUUAAAAACAUUCACCAAAACGGUACUUAAAAUGUUCAAAUCAUGUUGUAAAAAGCACAACAUGAGAAUAUAUUAUUUUCCACUAAUUCAUAUAUUAAUUACUUUUGAAAACUUUGCAUCCCAUCUAUAUGGAUUAAUACUAGACAAAAACACUCAUUUGCGAUAAAACAUUUUUUAAAACGAUUUAAUUGGAAGUUGUUCGUGUUUUAGUGUAAUCUUGCAGGAAACUUGCAACCACUUCCUCUCACAGAGAUAACGUGCAGUAUUUCCAGAUCGAAAGUUCACAGUGUAUCUUAAUUCAGUUUAAUACUACUACAAACACACACAACAAUUGUUAACCUUCUGAGAACCUUCUGUGCAUUUUCCAUUUCACUUUUUGAUUUGUUACUAGUAGCGCCUCAUAAACAAAAACAUGUUUUUUCCAGAGCAAAUAGUUUUCUUAAAAAUUGAGAUCCACAAAUGUGGACAUUUUAAAUACUACCAAGUUAUAGAAAGUCAGUAGUGUUGGUUAUUCACGUUUUUGAGACAUUUUUGACAUUACAGCUGAUUUUCUGUGAAGGUGAAUAAGUUUUAGGGGCAGUGGUGGCUCAGUGGUUGAGGCUCAAGAUUACUGACCAGAAGGUCAGGGGUUCAAGCCCCAGCACCACCAAGAUGCCACUGUUGGGCCCUUGAGCAAGGCACUUAACUCCAGGUUGCUCCGGGGGGAUUGUCCCUGUAAUAAGUGCACUGUAAGUCGCUUUGGAUAAAAGCGUCUGCCAAAUGCAUAAAUGUAAAUGUAAAUGUAAAUGUUUUACAUAUCCUGCAUCAUCUAAUCACUGCCAACCAUGUUAAAAUUAAAUGUUGCAUU